AUGGCCGAACCAAUCCCACAAUGGGCUACGAACCUCUGUGAUCCAAACUAUGCCAAAAAAAUCAAGGUUGUAUCUUCCAAUACUCUAAGGUCUCCACCCGGUUUCAAGGCCACUUCCACAACCACCAGCAAGACAACUAGUAAUAAAACAACGUCUAAAUCGGACCAGAAAAAAAACCGGUCAGAGUUGGUUGUUCAAAAAGCCUGGCAAAUAGCGUUUCAACCGGCGAAAUCCAUUCCAAUGAACAUGAUUGUUUCCUACAUGUCCGGAACAUCGCUUCAAAUUAUCUCGAUUAUGACAGCGGUGAUGUUCGUGUCGAAUCCUAUCAAAAGCGUUGUGAACAUAAGAAGAGAGUUCAGGUCUGUGUCUGGGAAUCCAGAAGUACAAGCACAGAUCCGUUUGGCCAUGGUAAUGUACGUUUUGUUCCAAGUGGUGCUAAUGGCUAUCGGGGUUCAUAAACUCAAUUCAAUGGGUCUGAUCCCUAAUACCAAAAGCGACUGGCUCUUCUUGGAGCAGCCUACUAUAUACCAAAAACAAGCUUAUGUACUUUAA